AUAACAUCGCGAAGCUGCAGAGUGCCGGCUCACCAGGGCGGGCGGCUAGAGAGCCUGGGCGGGCUAGUGAGCCUGGGCGGGCGGCUAGCGAGCCUGGGCGGGUUAGCGAGCCUGGGCGGGCUAGCGAGCCUGGGCGGGCUAUCGAGCCUGGGCGGGCUAGCGAGCCUGGGCGGGCUAUCGAGCCUGGGCGGGCUAGCGAGCCUGGGCGGGUUAGCGAGCCUGGGCGGGCUAGCGAGCCUGGGCGGGCUAUCGAGCCUGGGCGGGCUAGCGAGCCUGGGCGGGCUAGCGAGCGUGGGCGGUCGGCUAGCGGCCUGGGCGGGCUAG